ACGCUAACAGCGUCUUAGCUCAAAAAGAUUAUUCUUACAAGAUUAUCUGGCGUCACUAUGCUGUACUUGGAGGCAAUUUUCAUUCUGCUUUUGCUGCUAUGCACUCCACAUACUUCAUACGAGUGCCAAAGUCCCGCACAGAUGCUAGACGAUUGCUUCCGCAAAUGCGUAAAGGAACAUAGUCCUGGUGCUCUUGAAAACGAAAUUUACAGACGUGCCGUAUGGGAGUGCCAGAAAUCAUGCUACGAGAAGCAUCGCCCAGUCUUUCCCUUUCCUCACUGAAACAUGCUCAAUGUCAUAAAUCACCAUUGCUGACCUUCCCUUGUUCAUGAGCUGUUUUCAAAAGUGAAAUUUUCUUGCAAGUAACAAA